AGUACAUUAUCAAAUAGCAAUACAUAAUACAAAUAUUUGGAUACUUACUCAUAUCUGUGCAGUCGGCAGAUAAUUGUUCAGGAUGAGAGACCAAUGAAUGAUCAUCAUACGUUAAGCGGUCAACAAAUAUUUAAAAGUGAAAUCCACAGCGCGGUUACAUACUUUGUACAUUAUUUUCAUUAUGGUCUUUUUAUGCAGUUUACAUACCGACAAAUAAUUUUGAAACAAAUACACAAUAAUUAUCAAUGUCGAUAUGAAAUAACGAUAAUCCGCCGGCCGCUCAUGGUUUUCCUGAUUUUUUUCACGCGUUCAAAAUACUGCGCAGGUACCAGACACAAUACCAUCAUAAAUUCAGAUAAUCAGAUUAACAUCAACACAUCAUCAUAUUUUCUACAGUAAGGAUAAUCGUCGUCAACAAGAAGGUUUACGUUGCAGUUUAAUGCCUACUGCCUGUACGCAUUAGAAUUUAUUGACUGCAAUCAAAAACCACCGUUUACUGACGGGUAUCAAUUAUUUUACUACAAUUAUAUAUCUAUUGAAUCGUAUUAAAGGAACUUAAAUUAUGUUUUGGAUCAUUGGUGUAAUAUUAUUUGGUGCGUUGUAUGCUGGAUAUCUAUGGCGUUCCAACAAAAACUUACCCCCAGGUCCUUGGGGUGUUCCAAUUCUCGGUUAUCUUCCGUGGCUAGAUCCUGAAAGACCUUACAAAACUUUGACGGCCCUGGCUUAUAAGUAUGGACCGAUUUACAGUAUUCAAAUGGGAAAACAUUUUGCAGUCGUUAUGUCGGAGCCGACACUAGUUAGAAUGGCAUUAGCACGGAACGAACUGGCAGACCGCACUAACUUUGAAGUUAUCAACGAAAUCAUGCAAGAACAUGGUCUGAUAUUUACACGCGGACCUCUUUGGAAAGAACAGCGAAAAUUUGUUUGCAAUUGGCUUAAGGUAAUUGGCGUGUCGAAGUUCGGGGAGAAGAAAAAUAACUUACAACUACUUAUUGCCGACGCCGUGUCUACUACAAUAUCGAAAUUACGAGAGUCAAAUACAUGUCCCAUUGAUACAGGAACGUUUUUUCUAGUACAAAUAGGAGAUUUCAUAAAUCUCAUAGUGUUGGGUAAAGCUUGGCCAGAAGAUGACCCUAAUUGGGUUUAUUUACGAAAUUUAGCUGAAGAUGGAUCCAAAAAAUUUGCUAUAGCUACUCCAUUGAGUGUUUUACCAAUGUUGAAGAUAAUACCUAAGUACAAAAAUACUGUUUUUGAAGUAAUCGAGGGAGUUAAAAAUACGCAUUGCAUUUACAAAACAUUGAUGGAGAAACGAGGCAAUGAAAUCAAUGAAAGUGACGAUCUAAUGGCCAUGUUCAUGAAAGAAAUGAUAAAAAGAACAAACAACAAAGAUUCCCAUUUCUUCACUGAAAAACAAUGUUGUUUUCUUCUGUCUGAUCUUUUUGGUGCUGGUGUAGAAACUUCCGUGAAUACUCUAAGAUGGUUUCUUCUAUACAUGGCUUUAAAUAAAGAAAUACAGAAUGAAUUACAGACAUUAUUGGAUUCUGUGUGCACAAAUGGCGGGAUAAUAGACUUAGAGCAAAUUGAAAACAUUCCAUUGCUAAAAGCUUGUGUAUCUGAAACGAUGCGAUUACGGCCGGUAGCUCCAUCUGGAAUACCUCGAUCGGUCAACAACGAAAUUACACUUGAGGGAUACCGCAUACCAAAAGGGACCAUGGUUUUACCACUGCAGUGGGCAAUGCACCACGACGAAAAAUAUUGGACGGACCCUCUAACAUUUCAACCGAAAAGAUUUUUAGACGACGAGGGAAAUAUGAUAAACAACAAAGCAUUUAUGCCAUUUCAAGCCGGUAAAAGAGCUUGUGUUGGAGAUACGCUUUCCUAUUGGAUACUCUAUUUAUUCGGUGCAAAUAUAAUUCAUAAUUUCAAUGUUUCCAUGGAAGACGGUUUAUCUGAAAAAGAAAUUAACACCAUCAUGGACGGGGAGUUUGGCAUAACGCUCAGUCCGGCUACGCACAACAUCGUUUUUAAAUCUCGAAUUUAGGAUAAAUUGGUGUGCAAUUUGUUUUUAAAUUGAUUACAAUGAUUUUUAAAUAAAUUUUUUAUAAAAACAUACAACAUUUUAAUUAUUAUGGCUUAUGAGUGAGAUAUUCGCCUAAUGUUCAAAUGUAUAUUUUUUAAACCACUAUAAUUAUAUAUUAAUAACUAUAAACGGUAAUUUCACACAGGUAUUAUAUUUUCUUAUAUGAUAUUGAUGUACUGCAACGUUUUCGUUGAAUCUAUCGGUGUAAUCGUUAAUAUUUGUUCGUUCUUUUGCAAAUAAAAAUCAAAAUUACCAAUUAUUUAAAA